GCGAGCGAGCGUGUGCCACGACUCCAUCACAAGCUAUACGUACGUGUCUAAGCUAGCAUCUAUCUCUAGGUCGACCAUGCUGGCCUUCGCCGAGGGCACGAGCUGCACGACCACCGAUCCGCCUCUGGCGGACAGCUACCGCGCGCUGCUCUGCAGAGGCGAGCUCGAGGGCGUCGGCGCUGCGUCGGCGCAUGCGGUGGAGAGCCUGGCCAUGCUGGAGCGUGAUCUGCCGAUCAUCGACUUGGAGCGCCUGGCGAGCCGCGACUCGAGGGAGAGCAAGGCGUGCGCGGACGCCAUGGCGAGAGCGGCGUCAGAGUGGGGCUUCUUCCAGGUGGUCAACCACGGCGUGGGGCGGGACCUCCUGGAGGAGAUGAGGCGGGAGCAGGCGAAGCUAUUCCGCCUGCCGUUCCGUACCAAAGACAAAGCCGGGCUCCUCAACGGCUCGUACCGGUGGGGCAACCCGACGGCCACGUCGCUCGGGCAGCUCUCGUGGUCGGAGUCCUUCCACGUUCCGCUCCCCAGCAUCUCCCGGGAAGACUGCGACUACGGAAAGCUCAACUCCUUGAGGGGAGUGAUGCAGGUGGUGGCGGACGCGAUGUCGCGAGUGGCGUACACGGUGGCCGGGACUCUUGCGGAGAACCUCGGGCAAGAGGCAGGGGGCGGCGAGCCGGUGUUCCCGGCAGGGUGCGACGGGACGACGUGCUUCCUGCGGCUGAACAGGUACCCGGCGUGCCCGUUCGCGGCGGACUCCUUCGGCAUGGUGCCGCACACGGACAGCGACUUCCUCACCAUCCUCUGCCAGGACCAGGUCGGGGGCCUACAGCUCAUCAAGGACUCCCACUGGGUCGCCGUGAAGCCCCGCGCCAACGCGCUCAUUGUCAACGUCGGCGAUCUGUUUCAGGCGUGGAGCAACAACAGUUACAAGAGCGUGGAGCACAAGGUGGUGGCCAACUCCAAGGCGGAGCGCUUCUCCGUCGCCUACUUCAUGUGCCCGUUGUCGGACUCGCCAGUCGGCACAUACGGGGAGCCCUCGCCGUACAAGCCGUUUACCUUCGGGGAGUAUAGAAGGAGUGUGCGGGAUGAUGUCGAGAGAACCGGGAAAAAGAUUGGACUCCCCAACUUUCUCAAACGUUCUACCGUUCACGGCCUCGAUGACGACAUCAUGGACCUCUCUUCUUAACUGUGUGAACUCAGUCUCACCGUCCGCAGUUCGGAAUCAGCACACCUCAAUGAUACAUAUGCUUCUGCCUAUUUUAGAAAGAAAAAAAAUCAGACGACCUUGUGACAUACAGGUAGUACAACGGUAGAGCCGUCGACUACAAUGAAUGUACCAAGAUAUGGUACCAUUCGGUUACAAUUUGUUAGGGAUCCUAACCGAUCGUGGUACCAUUCGGUCGCACAAGAGAACGUUCAA